AUGGGAACAAACGAGACCCUAGUAAGCAUAAGGACAACAAUUUUCAGCGGAGUAGUGUUUGACGACCACAAUUCAGACCCAGAUAGAAGAUUUGUUUUCUACAAUGUUAAGAUUGAUAUGCCACCAAAGAUUGUAUCCGAUGGUAUCUGGGGUAACACUAAUUAUGGUGCAUUACCUGAAAAAGCGACACUGCCUCUGUUGGAACUCCAAAUUCUCGCCAUUUUCAUCAUUACACAAUGCUUUCAUCUGGUGUUCAAGCGUCUGGGAAUUCCCUAUUUCGUUUCUCAAAUGAUGAAUGCGGUGAAAAUGGAUUUCAGCAUGAUAACGAGAACUGGGAAGAAAGCUUGGACAAUCGCUCUUUUCUCCCUGAUGACCCCAACGAUUAUUGGCAUGUUCCUAUGCUACAGCUUCAUGGAGCACUGGCAGAAAGCCCUAGGAGAUUUUGAUGGAGGAAGACUCCCGGUGGUAGUAAUGUCACAGACAGGUUGUUCCUUCGCAGUGAUAGCUUCUCUUCUCUCUGAUUUGGAGAUUUUGAACUCUGAACUUGGACGCUUAGCACUCUCAUCAGCUCUUGUUAUGGAUGUGUUAGGCUCAGCUGUGACAGGAUUAGGCACUGCUGUUGUAAGCAGCCUUAGAACCGAUUCUCAUGAUCAUUCUGAGGGAAAGGGACCUAAACUUGCCAUGUUCACUGCCACUAAAUACGUUCUUUUCUUGACAAUUGUGAUUGUGAUUGGACGCCCUGCAAUGAGGUGGAUUGUGAGGAACACACCUGAAGGAAGACCUGUGAAGAAAGCAUACACCUAUGUGGUGGUCCUCAUGACCUUCUUCGCGGGGUUGUUUGGAGUGUGGGCUCACCAGAGUGUGUUAGGUGGGGUGGUCCUCUUUGGUCUUGUUGUGCCAGAAGGUCCUCCAUUGGGUUCUGAACUGAUAAAGCAGCUUGAGUUGUUCAACACUUGGUUCCUUUUGCCAAUAUUUAUCACCUGCUGUGCCAUGAAGAUCGAUAUUUCCGCACAUAUUAAUAGCCAAUUGAUUUUCGCUGUGGUCACAAUAAUUGUUGUUGUCCAUUUGGUUAAGAUGCUUCUCACUAUUGGAAUUUGCAGCUGCUGCAACAUGCCCAAAACCGAUGGUUUGUGCCUCGCUCUCAUGUUGAGCUGCAAAGGUGUCGUCGACUAUGUCACCAGCGUCUUUCUAUUUGAUUCAAUGUUAAUGAGCAAUGAAGCCGUCUCCAUUAUUGCUAUAUCAAUAUUGGUCUUAGGAAGCACUGCACGCAUUGGGGUAAAAGUUCUGUUGGACCCAACAAGGAAAUACGCAGGUUAUCAGAAAAGGAAUAUACUCAACAUGAAACCCAACGCAGAGCUUCGGGUGGUGGCGUGCAUUCACAAACCAAGCCACAUAAUGUCCAUUAAAAACGCUCUUGAUUUUUGUUGUCCCACAACAAACAACCCCUUAGUGGCGCACGUCUUGCAUCUCAAGGAGUUAGUUGGUAGAUCCUCUCCCAUCUUCAUCUCACACCGUGUCCAAGAAAGGGUCGACUCAAACUACAACUACUCCGAAGAUGUCAUUGUAGCAUUCGACCUCUUCGAACAUGACAAAGCGGGAACUGCAUUAGUUAACACCUACACAGCCAUAUCUCCCUUCCGUUUCAUGCAUGAUGAUAUUUGUUACCUUGCGUUGGACAAACUCGCUUCCAUCAUCAUUCUUCCAUUUCACGUGAGAUGGGGUGAGGAUGGUUCCAUCGAAUCAACAGAUAAAAACAUAAGAACUCUCAACGCUAAGGUCCUUCAAAGAGCACCAUGCUCCGUGGGGAUUCUCGUGAAGCGAGGCUCUUCUUCUUCCACUAUUUACAACAACAGCAUAACCCAUUCAAUGAAGCGAAUAGCAAUUAUCUUUCUGGGGGGUUCAGAUGAUAGAGAGGCAUUGAGUUUUGCUAAGAGGACAAUCAAAGAUUGUUCAUUCAAGUUGGUCGUCUACCACUUGGUUUCGAGCAACAGUGUGGCUAACUGGGACCUGAUGCUCGAUGAUGAGGUGUUGAAAGGUGUCAACGGGUACUAUGGUAGCAUUGAGAAUGUGUCAUAUGAAAAUAUCACUAUUGAUGAACCUUGUGAGACCAGUGCUUUUGUGUCGAGUAUUGCAGAUCAGCAUGAUUUCUUUGUAGUUGGGAGGCGUAAUGGUAUCAAAUCGCCUCUUACAACAGCACUUGAGAGCUGGACAGAGUUUUCUGAGUUGGGUGUGAUUGGAGAUUUGCUUGCUGCCUUAGAUAGCACUUCCAAUGCUUCAAUUCUUGUUAUACAACAACAACAAAUGUCCAAGUCUAACUCCUUACGAAACACAGAUUUAUAUACACUGUAA